GCUCAGUGGCAACUUAGCCGUUGUGGAGAUUGCAUGUCGUUCAUAAAAACGUAUCAUAAAACCAUUUAUUGAUACGAUUUAGAUGCCUAUUAAGUAUUAGGAACAAUAGUGUCAAUAGGCUACUGUGGAGCAUUUACAUUUUGUUCCGAUAUUAUUGUAAUAAAUCAAAAAAAUAUUCAAUAAACUGCGGAUUGUUUUGGUUCCACUCACGUAUAUUGAUUUAUUGUAAGCCAGUGACCUGUUUUUCGUAUUUGUUAUGUGAAUCUCGUAAAUAAUUAAUAGUAAUAGUUCAGUGUCCGGGUAAUUAGUAAUGAUCACUUGAAACUUAUCAGAGAGUGAAUAAGAAUGACAAGAGAACAAAUCAUUGAGUUUUGUGGCGUUUGGUAAUUAUUAGAUUAAAAUCUGUUAUUUCGUUAUGGUGUAUUAUCCACAAUGAUGACACCCAUAGAGGAGAGGAAAGAUGAAAAGAUCCGCACAGGCAUGGUGCAAGUGUCAGACGGCAAGUCGCGGCCGCGGCUGGCGCGGCUCGUCCUCACCAUGGAGUCGGUGACGGUGCAGAGGGAGGUCGUCAUACCCCCGCAGCCGCCCCGAGACAAGAGUGUGCCUCAUGCUAGGGAGCGUAUGGUCCAAAUAACUAGACAGAAAGUUGGCGGAUUGGGGCUCAGUAUAAAGGGUGGGGCAGAACAUAAGUUGCCCAUACUCAUCUCCAAGAUAUACAAAGACCAAGCAGCGGAUCAAACGGGCCAGCUUUUUGUGGGUGACGCUGUUAUUAAAGUGAACGGCGAGUACAUAACGGCGUGCAAGCACGACGACGCCGUGAACAUCCUGCGCAACGCGGGCGACAUCGUCGUGCUCACCGUCAAGCACUACCGCGCCGCCACGCCCUUCCUGCAGAAGCAAGCCGACGGCGCGUCCGAUACGGACAGCAGCACGGGGGACGAGCACCCGUCUCUCCAUAACAAGGUCGACGCGAAUUGUAACAGCGAGCGGCACGGCGAAACGAAUGGCGGAUGGCAGAGCGCGUGGGCGGAGUGCGAGGACGGCAGCCGGCCCGGCAGCGCGGCGGGCUCGGCGCGCGGCUCGCGCCCGCCCUCCGUCGCGUCCGACCGCCUGCCCGACGCCGCGCGCGAGUGGGUCGACGUCGUGUCCGUGCCUCUCAUGAUGGGCUACGUGACUCGAUACGUUUUCGGGACCGACAAGCUGCGGCCGGGUGCGUUUGAGGUGCGCGGCGCGCGGCCGCAGCAGAGCUCGGGCGUGCUGCACGUGGACGACCCCGCCGCGCUGUCGCACUGGCUCAAGGGCAUCUCCGACAACAUCACCGGCCUCACCAACCUGCAGAUGAAGCUGUUCAACCGGCACCUGGCGGGCGGCGAGCGCAUCGAGUACAUGGGCUGGGUGCACGAGGGGCUCGUGUCGGCGGCGCAGCCCUGGCAGAGCUACCGGCCGCGCUUCCUCGUGCUGAAGGGCACGGACGUCAUGCUGUUCGACGUGCCGCCCGCCAGCGUGGCCGACCUGGCCAAGUGCCCCGAGAGCCUCAAGGUGUACCAGACGAUGUUCCGCACGGUGAAGGAGAGCGAGACCGUGGACUGGCGCCAGCACUGCUUCCUGCUGCAGUCCAGCGCCGGCAGCCUGGCGGCGCCCGGCCCGCGGUACUUCAGCGCCGAGACGCGCCACGACCUGCUGCGCCUCGACGCCGCCUGGACCAACAACGUCGUCGCCUCCGUCGUGCGCCUCGGGAAGAAGACGUUUACGGUGGUGCACAUGGGCCGAGCGGCCGGGCUCACCCUGGACUGGUCGUCGGGCUUCUCUCUGAGCGAGGGCACGCCGGGCGCCGCGCCCGUGUGGUCCUACAGGUUUUCUCAGUUGAGAGGAUCGAGCGACGAUGGAAAAUCGAAAUUGAAAUUACAUUUCCAAGACACCGAAACUAAAGUGAUCGAAACCAAGGAGUUAGAAUGCCAGAUCCUGCAGAGCCUGCUGUUCUGCAUGCACGCCUUCCUCACCGCCAAGGUGGCGUCCGUGGACCCCGCGUUCCUGGCGUCCAUACAGCACGCGCACUAGCGGCGCCGCCCGCCCACGCCGCCCCGCCGCCCCCGCCCCGCGCCGCCCCGCCGCCGUGUUCUCUAAAAGUAACCGGCGCGUUUCGUUGCGCGCUGUUUUAUCGUUUUCUCUGUGCAGCAGUAAAUUCGCUGGAAGUUUUUUUUUUAUAUCGUUUCGAUAUUACUGGAAGAUGACUUUGAAUCUAAAAGGCCUAAGUAUUUUAAAGCAGCGAAUAUUUUUAAGACUAUAUCGACUCCUGUGAAUCUCCGACGUUUCUUCCAAUCUUUUAGGAAUCCUAUGUCUGUAGCGAUAAGGUUUAAAUUUGCACGUUUUUAUCAACACUAUGAUACUAUCUAAUCUUUGUCAAUUUAUUCUUUAAAAGGGCGACGGUCGUUCUUCAUGGUCGCCUCGAUCUGAUUACUAUUAAAUAUAUAUUUUUGUGUCGCUUGGAUCUGAACUAUUCUAGAUCGUUAACAAUCAUUGCGUUCAAAAACCAGUAUUAUAUUAUUAAGUUAACAGUAAUACGUUCGGGACUCAGG